AUGACGAUGCCGACGAGAGUGUCUACGUGCACAGCGAAGACAGAGCAAUGCAUGCUUGUCUUUGAGAUCUUUGAUUACAGCCAGCACAGGGGCAUGGGAAACGGGGAGUUUAUCAGUUCCGGCACCUUCUCCGUCGGUGGCUACGAUUGGGCCAUCCGCUUCUAUCCCGAUGGGUUUAACCAGAAUUGCUUGGGUUACAUCUCAGUUUAUCUCGAGCUCUUGAGCAAGGACACCAAGCUGCGGGGCAGCUGUGACCAGGGUUUACAAUACCGUUCGAGGCAUCAUCGUCUUAAGGAUGAUCACCUGACCAUCCAAUGCAUCACAAAUGUAAGGAAACAGCCACAGAUGUCUGGACCUGAAUUACUUAACCAAAUUGAGGUGCCGCCAUCCAACAUCGCUGAGCUUCUUGGCAAAUUGUUGGAAGCAGGGGAAGGAGCAGAUGUUACUUUCAGUGUUAGAGGAGAGACAUUCACAGCACACAAGAUAGUGCUCGCUAUGCGGUCUCCAGUUUUUAAAGCAGAGCUGUUUGGGCAUAUGAAGGAAGCAAAGGAACAACUUGUGACCAUAGAAGACAUGCAGCCUGAUGUGUUUAGGGCCCUACUGUAUUUCAUCUAUACAGAUUCAUUGCCUGACAUGGAUGAUCAAGAUGGAGAAGGUUACAGAGAAAUGAUACGGCAUUUGCUUGUGGCUGCUGAUAGAUAUGCUGUGGACAGGAUGAAGUUGGUAUGUGCAAGCAUCCUUUGCAAGAAUCUUGAUGUCGAGACUGUGUCUGCUACAUUGGCUUUGGCUUAUCAGUAUAGCUGUGACAGGCUUAAAGAUGUUUGCCUAGUUUUCAUCACCAGUUCGUCAAGUCUGAUGGAUUCACUGGUGGCAACUCAAGGUUAUCAGAAUCUUAAGGCAACUUGCCCUUCUGCGCUAGUAGAUGCAUAUGAGAAGUCGUCAAAGAGGUUCCGGAAAACAUAA